GCUUGUUCCCACUCAUUCGUAAGCGCUUUUUAUUUGCGUACAUACUUUUCCAUUCCGUUUUGAUAUUCUAUUAUUGUGCAAUUCUGUCACUCGGCUAUCCUGCUAUUCCACCUUAGCACAUUAUUUCGUUUUACCAUGUUAGUUUAAGUUAUUGUUUCGCCUUCCCCCUUUCGCCUUACGGGUUUAUCCUACUGCUUUUGGUCACUCCUUUGGAUCACUCCUUUGGGUCACUCCUUUGGGUCACUCCUUUACGUUACUACAUUGCGUUGCCGUACUGCGUUGCCAUACUGAGCUACUAUACCGUGUUGCUGUUUCUCCCCCUUCUCCUUUCUUUCCUUUUUUUUGUGCAAAAAUACCGUUAACAUAAGUAGGGAAGCGAGCAAGGAGUGAAUCAUACGCAGCUGCUGCAACAGGGUUCACUUCACUUUUGCAAAAACUGAGUAACAUCCCCUUUCCGCAUCUACCAUCUUUAACGCAGUUAUUUCCCCUGUUUUCCUAAUGACUACGGGCAUUUAUUUCCUAAUCCUGUUAAUCUUUUUCUAUGCCUACCUGAGUUACCUGCUAUACCAACUGCUAAUAAGAAACAGGAAAGUUUCGCCAGUAGCCUCCGCCAAUUUGACGGGGGAGAAGACAAGGAAUUUUUUGUUCGUUUUUUUGUUUUUCUGCCACAUAAGCAGAAUAAUAUCCCUUACAAUUUUGACCUACCUGGACAUACGCUAUUACGUGAUUGACUACAACACGCUGCUGUUAUUUCCCAAUUUUUAUUUCUACUUAAUCAUAUUGAAAGCCAUCCCCACGUACCUUUUUUUGUCAUCUUUCACGAUUAUAAUACUUUUUUGGUCCCAAGUUUACUAUGCGUCUAUAUUAGUGUCCGCCCCGCACUUACAAUCGCUGUACAUUUUCCUAAAUGGCCUUGUGUACGCAGUACAUAUCAUUUUGGCUAGCUUGAGCUAUUUCACCCAGACGUUCUACAACUACAUUUUUUACAACUACAUCCUGGAGUCCAUAAUAGAUUACAUAAUAGCCAUAGCAUUUCUGUACUAUGGGGUUAAGGUGACCAAGAAGCUGGAAGAAAAAAGCAAGGGAAUUUCAAAAAGCAACAGCAUCGUAAAAAGGAUACUGUCUUUGGCUAUUAUUAUGUUUGUCAUUUUGGCCCUGAAGGGAUUAUACUCCUUUUGGUGUUUCGUGAAGGAUGCGAACUUUUACAACUCCUACUUCGAUUUACCCACUUGCGACGCGAUAUCUUAUUUCAUCUCAGAAUGCAUCCCGUCGCUCCUCAUCAUUCACACCUUUCAAUCCAAUAAGGACAAAAACUCGAUGAACUUUGAGUACACCACUCCUCUGUGUUCAGACACAUUCGACCCGUAUGAUUUAAAAUUCAAAAAGAAAAAGGCAAAGAAGAAAACGAAUGUGUAG